GAGAGGCGUCUGGAAUUCCCAACUCAACCCUCCUUCUGCCUUCUCUGCCCUUCUCUCAAUUUCCAUUCCCUUCUCUCUUCCAUUGCCCUUCUCUUUUCCGAUUUUCCCCUUUUCUCCACCCCCCUCCUCCUCUUCACUCUCCUCAAACCAAUUUACCCGCCCUUUUUGAAUUUCUUCCUUCUUCCUCUUUCCAAUUCCGAACCCUAACUAAUCCCGACCAUUUUCUCGAUUUACUUUGUUUCUUUCCACAAUUCCAGGUGGAUCUUUGCUUGCCUUUCGACUUCAACACUGGGAACGCCUGGUGCUGAAGUUCCAGCUGGGUUGAGCUACGUUCCCGGCUCGAUCUCGGUGUGAACAGCUAGGGUUUUCACUCUUCUCGUGGUAAAUUUUUCAUUCUUAUUCAGUUUUCUAGUUGGAAGUUGUGAUUGGGGGGGUGGGUUUCUAUCGUAUGGAGCUUUGGUUGACAUAGAGUGCUUUGAAGUGGAAUAAAGAAGCAAAAACAGGCUUUGUUUGUCUCCUCUAGAGCAAGAACAGCACUGAUUAUUUAAUACACAGAUAUUUUCUGCUUUAAGUUAGUAGAUUAGAAGAAAGUAGGUGAAUGGAAAACCGUGAGCUGAUGCUUGGCCAAAAUCACAAAUUGGGUCUUGAGCAGAACCAACAGAUGGCGCUAGGAGGGCUUGGUCAUAGUAUGGGUAUGAACCAGAGCCAUGGAUUGGAGUUGGGGCAGACUCAUGAACAUGAGCAUGAGCUGGGUUUGGAGCAUGCCCAUGAGAGUGAAAUGCGUUUAGAACAGAGCCACGAGCAUGAGGGACAUGAUGAACAUGAUUAUGAUGAAGAUGGGACUGAUGGGCUUGCAAUGGAGCAGAAACCAGAGAACGAAGGACAAGCAUUGGUUCUUACUGGUGAGAACAAUGAGUUAGAUAUAUCUGAACACAAUGAGCUGGCAGUUGUUGAUCACCAAGAACUUGAUGAAAAUAUGGAUCUAGCAGUUGUUGAGAACCAUGAUAUGGGAAUUGAUUCUGGAGAUGACAUGCUUCAACAUGGUCAGAUGGUACUUGCUAAUCAUCAUGUCCUUCAGCUUCGAACCAUUCCUGCCACCCCUGAUUUCGAGCUUCACGUGGGACAAGAAUUCCCUGAUGUCAAAAGUUGUCGUAGGGCCUUGCGUGAUACAGCUAUUGCCCUUCACUUUGAAAUGCAGACUAUAAAAUCUGAUAAAACUCGAUUUACUGCUAAGUGUGCCACUGAAGGAUGCCCAUGGCGUAUUCAUGCUGCAAAACUUCCUGGUGUGCCCACCUUCACAAUCAGAACCAUCAAUGACAACCAUACGUGUGGGGGAAUUGGUCAUCUUGGUCAUCAGCAAGCCUCAGUUCAGUGGGUUGCUAACUCUGUUGAGCAACGCCUACGAGAAAACCCCAACUGCAAGCCAAAGGAGAUCUUGGAAGAAAUUCACCGUGUCCAUGGUAUCACUCUAUCAUACAAGCAAGCUUGGCGCGGAAAGGAACGGAUAAUGGCUGCAAUGCGUGGUUCCUUUGAAGAAGGAUAUCGUCUUCUUCCGCAGUACUGUGAACAGGUGAAAAGAACAAAUCCUGGAAGUAUUGCAUCUGUCUAUGGCAAUCCAAGUGAUGGUUGCUUCCAGCGACUGUUUAUAUCCUUUCAGGCAUCUAUCUAUGGUUUUCUGAAUGCUUGCCGUCCACUCCUUGGUCUUGAUAGGACAUUCUUAAAGAGUAAAUACCUUGGCACUCUACUUUUGGCUACUGGUUUUGAUGGGGAUGGAGGACUUUUUCCAUUAGCUUUUGGUGUUGUUGAUGAAGAAAAUGAUGAUAACUGGAUGUGGUUUCUUUCCGAACUUCAUAGCCUGCUUGAGAUCAAUACAGAAAACAUGCCGAGGCUUACAAUUCUUUCAGAUAGGCAGAAGGGCAUUGUGGAUGGUGUGGAAGCUAACUUCCCUACAGCUUUCCAUGGUUUUUGCAUGCGUCACUUGAGUGAAAGCUUUCGUAAAGAGUUUAACAAUACAAUGCUUGUUAACUUAUUAUGGGAAGCAGCUCAUGCACUUACGGUGAUUGAAUUUGAGGCAAAAGUUCUGGAGAUUGAAGAAAUAUCUCAAGAUGCUGCAUAUUGGAUCCGGCGCAUCCCACCUCGACUUUGGGCUACAGCAUACUUUGAGGGGACAAGGUUUGGGCAUUUGACUGCUAACAUAGUGGAGCAGCUGAAUACCUGGAUUCUUGAGGCAUCUGGACUUCCAAUAAUUCAGAUGAUGGAAUGCAUAAGAAGACAACUUAUGACUUGGUUUAAUGAGCGCCGUGAAAUUAGUAUGCAGUGGACAUCAAUUCUGGUGCCUACCGCUGAGAGGCGUGUUGCCGAAGCUCUAGAGCGUGCCCGGACGUACCAAGUUCUGCGAGCUAAUGAAGCUGAGUUUGAAGUAAUAUCCCACGAGGGAACCAAUAUUGUUGACAUUAGAAAUCGGUGCUGCCUGUGUCGGGGCUGGCAGCUGUAUGGUUUACCCUGCGCACAUGCUGUUGCAGCUCUACUUUCUUGCAGGCAAAAUGUCCAUCGAUUCACAGAAAGCUGCUUCACAGUUGCAACGUAUCGGAAGACAUAUUCUCAAACCAUACAUCCCAUUCCAGAUAAAUCGUUAUGGAAGGAGUUAACUGAAGGGGAUCCUGAUGCUGUCAAAGCUGACGAGCUUUUAAUUAAUCCUCCCAAAUCACUUCGCCCUCCUGGCCGUCCAAGAAAAAAAAGAGUUAGAGCAGAAGACCGUGGUCGUGUGAAGCGAGUUGUGCAUUGCAGUCGUUGCAAUCAGACCGGGCACUUUAGAACAACAUGUGCAGCACCAAUUUGAGUUAUCAUUAUCUGUCUGAGGGUAAACUCCCUUGGCAAAGAUUUCUCUUAUAUAUCUUCUUGCUCAAUUUUUAUUAGUUAGAAUUAGCUAAAGUUUUUAGUGUAAGAGUUGUCUAUGAACUAGGUCAUUAAGCAUGUUAAUCAAUUAAUGGUGUUGAAACUUAAUAAUAUAUAAUGUAAAGAAAUGUUAGCUACAUGGCUUUAUCAGUCAUUUCAAGUUCUCAGUGUUGCUUGCCUCUAACUAGUUUUAGCUUAUAUUUAAAUACAAGUACACAGUUGUACAAACAUUGGAGAAUUACUGCUACUUUUGUUGUUUCACUCUACAUAGUACAUACUAAGAAAAGAAAGAAA